AUGAACAAGAAAAAACCGCCGCAGAAGCCCACUAAUUUAAGAAGUUAUGAUUGUGAUAUUACAAUCAAAGAUCAACGACUAACUAAAUUAGAAAUUAGCCCUGAUUACGAAGUAAAAGUUAAGGAAUUUGUGGUGGGAUUAAAGAAAAAGGGGAUUAAACUUUCUAAACUGGAAUUAACCAAGGUUUUAAUUACUGAUGAUUUAAUUAGAGAACUGGUUCAGAAAUUAAAUGGCAAGAAAAAAAUCAUAUUUGAAG